UACUUCCAUAUUCCCAAGGCCCAAAAGGACAUAAGCAUUCGAGAGUCGAGACUCAUCCCUAAAACCGCGCUGUGAGUGCUGAGAACGUUACUUCAUUCAAAAGCAGCAACAGCAGGUUAUUCUUUGUUUCUUUUCGUUCUUCCACAGCCGAUUCGGCUUUGUCCAUGGCCACCGAACCAAAAGCAGCCACUGAGGACGUCAAGAUUGAUCUCUUCGAAGACGAUGACGAAUUUGAAGAGUUUGAAAUCAACGAAGAGUGGGAUGACAAGGAGGAAGGGAAAGAAGUGACUCAACAGUGGGAGGAUGAUUGGGAUGACGAUGAUGUUAGUGAUGAUUUCUCUCUUCAGUUGAGAAGGGAGUUGGAGAGCAACACCGAGAAGAACUAAACCACCUGCUAGUUAUUGUUGCUUGAUAUGGCAUGCGUUAUGACUUGGGUGUUUGAGCUCUUCGAAGGAGAUGAAAACUAUGCCUUGUUAGGAAGGAAAUUGAAGAACAUAGGGACAUGACUUUUCUGUUAUUUCCUGAAUAUAUGCUUUAGAAGUUAUUGAGUGCUUGUACUUUAAUUGAAUUCUGCAUUAUUAGGUGCUGUCUGGCUUUAAAAUUUGACUUACAAUCUCGAAUUAUUUGUUCUUAUUUUCAUUUUAGGGUUGGGUGGGCAUGCUUUUCUAUGAACCAGUCUGGCAAAUAGUGCAGUUGAGUUGCAUUUCUCCA